UUGACCGUAACAUUAACAGCACAAAGUUAAAAAUUUAUGCACACAAAUUCAUUGAUGCUGAAAAUGAUCUUAAAGUCAAAACAAUAAACUUCUAAAAUUUAAAAGAAAAAAAUUCGGGAAAUGUGUAUUACAGUGAAGCCGCUUCAGUGAUCAAGGUCUUAUUUAUCCGCAGUUGGUGAACUUAAAAUUUUAAAUCACAAACCGAACUAUUUCAGCUUUAAUUUAGACCGGAUUGGUGAUGGUUUCCAUUAAUGUUUACAUUUGAAGAAAAACCUGAUUCAAGAUCAGAGAAGGAAAAAGAGGAGGCUGGCUUUGACUUGAUUGCCGAAUCUCAUUAUUAUGGAAAAAAUAAGCAAGUCAAACCAUGUAAACAAAAUGUUCCUGCUCAAUGCUUAGGUUUUUUGGAGAAUACACGAGUUCACAGCUUUGUUUCUUUUAUUACAAAGCUCUUACUGAGAACACUGUUUGCAGUUCUUAUAAGGCGCUUGGGUGUUCAACGGCGUUUCUAGACACGGCGUUUCGACGUCGGGUUUAGUCUCCCGGCUAGUCCUGUUUCAAUACGAAAAAUCGCAAAUAAAUGACACUCGUCACUUUGGAAUGCCUGUUUAUCAAUUCUGCGGCUAAAAUAUAUAGAACCAGGGACGUUGUUGACUCUCAAACCUAACAAAAACAAUAUGUCUGCCUGGAAGUGUCGGGAAUUCCGUACAAAAUUACCGUGAUUUUACUUAAAAACUAUAGGAUAAUUAAGGUUUUAAAAAAAAUAAAGGAGUGUCUCUUAACUCCUACAAUGAAGAGCUUCUAAAAGCAAAUACGAGCUAUGGCAACAAAAGACGUCUAUUGUUUCACUGUUUAAUUAAAUAUUUUAGUUUUGAGUUAGUUUUUUUUGAUGUACCGCUGCUAUUUCUCAACUUAUUAAUCAACUUAUUAAACUCUGCUUGAAACAGAAACUAAUUAGUAAAAGUCUGAAAGAGACUUUGACCGUAACAUUAACACCACCAAGUUAAAAUUUUAUACACACAAAUUCAUUGAUGCUGAAAAUGAUCUUAAAGUCAAAACAAUAAACUUCUAAAACUUAAAAGAAAAAAAUUCGGGAAAUGUGUAUUACAGUGAAGCCGCUUCAGUGAUCAAGGUCUUAUUUAUCCGCAGUUGGUGAACUUAAAAUUUUAAAUCACAAACCGAACUAUUUCAGCUUUAAUUUAGACCGGAUUGUAAGUGACCGUUCUUUUUUGCUUUAUGAUUUGUUUUGUUUUUAUCACAAGAAAAACCUGCAAUUUUCGAAUGUUAUGCGUUAAUACUGGCAGUUGCACUUAGUCUACCAGCUUUAUAAUUUGCAUGUUUAUAUAAAUUUUGAUCCUGAGUUCAAAUACGCCAAAUAUUUUUUUUAAAAGCGAUUGAAAAUUUUAGGCUUGUUAACUCAGAUCUAAGAUAUUUUGAUAUUUUGUUAUGAAACAUAAAAAAGUGCUGACUAAAAGCUUAAUCGACAUUUAGCCUAAAAUGAUAAUGAAAAGUCCAUCUGGUUUGUAACUCUCCCAGGAAAGGCACAGAUUUUCUUUUUUCCACCUUCUGUAUUUUUUAUCUACGUUGUGUAUCUUUUACCUUCGAGAUUAAAACUCUCCAACAGGAACAAACCAUACUUUUAAAUUUAUCCUCGUCAAACAAAUAAUAGUUUUAUGACGCAAUUUACCUUUUGGAAUCACAAUAAUGUGGAUCAGUUGGAUUUCUUGGUGGUUGUACAAGUGAAAUAUUAUUUCAAAUUAGUAUUAUGACCAUUGUGAUGUGAUCAAAUCAAGCUGAAUCCAGAUCUCUUUCAAAUGUCUUAAUUUAACUUAACUCUUCACAUAUAAUUUGGAUUUUAUUUGAAAAAAAAAAACGAAAAGCAGAAGGCACAUGCUCAGAUCGACAUGUUCUAUUUCAAAGUUGACUAUUCUGUUCUGUAAAAGAAGUCCCCAUUUGUCUUUUUAGCUAAGAAAUACCAGUUUUGUUUACAUCAUUGAGUGCUGAAUAUUAUUUAUCUUAAACUUUUUUAUUUUUUCUCAACACAGUCAUGAAUUUUCAGUAAAAUGUUUAAAAAAUGUAGAUAUCAAUUUGUGGAACAUACUUAUUUAUUUGUUGUCAUUUUACGAAUUAAACAUAAAAUAGUUUCAUGUUCAACUUUUCUUUAAAAUACAGCAAAACAUAUUUUUGAAUAUGUUUUGCGUGUGUUUUAGAAAUGAUCCGAACAUUUCCAAAAAAGGACACAAUGUACAAUCUGUAGCAUAUUCUCUUCAAAAAGUCAUAAAUGUAAUAAAUAAAAAAUAAAAAUUUAGGGUGUAAUAAAUCUGUACUAUGUACAGACAUAAGUGAUAUUUUUGAGAAGUAGGUUUUAAAGUCUUUUUGUGCUUUUUUUUGCUUAGUGUGUAAAUAAUAACAGAAAACCAAAUGGUCCGAAGAUGACCUUUUGCUUAGUCGCAUGCCUUCUUUUAUUAUUGUUUAAUCUUUUCCAUUGUAGAUCUAUUUUAGGUGUUUUAUGGAAGUUAUAAAAAAAGCUUUUUUUAAGAACUUUUCUAAAUUUAGUUCACCAGCCAUUUCGUGGCACCACGGCAAUAACAAAUUGGAAACAGUAUUGUUGGUUUUUUGACUUCAUAUUUUUCUGUAAGAACUGAAUAAACGGUAAUAACCCAUUAGGAGAACUUGUUCACUGUUUUUUUUUCUUUUUGUGUUAUUUGAUUAAAUUCAAAUUUUUACUUUAUAUUUUUAGGUUUUUAUAACGCACAUGAUGCAUGGGGUUAACCCAGUCUCUUCUCUGGACAUCUUAGGUUUAAUUGUUUGAACGGAAUCAAUAUAAAGAAACUAAGAACCCCUGGACGAGAUUCACAUCAAACCUGUCCUCCUAACUCCAACUUUAUUACAGCCGAAUGUUAAUCGAGAAUUUACAAUAUUAUACCAAUUAUAACGCCUUUUAAUCUGUUCUAUAAUAGAUUGUCGAAGUGUGUCAACAAAUUUUCUGGACCAACAGAAGAAAUCUUAGAUUAAGGCAUAUUAAACAAAAGUCAAUUAAAGUAAUACUGGUAACAAAAAUAAUAUGUCUGCCUGAAAGUGUCAGGAACUCCGUAUAAAAAUACUGUGAUUUUACUCAAAAACUAUAAGAUAACUAAGAUUUUAAAAAACAACAAAUAACGGAGUGCCCCUUAACUCCUACGAUGAAGAGCUUCUAAAAGCAAAUACGAGCUAUGGCAUCAAAAGAGGUCUAUUGUUUCACUGUUUAAUUAAAUAUUUUUGGCGUGUGUCAUUUGUGGUAAGUUGAUUGGGUAUUGUGAAAGUUGUUUUUAAAAGCACAAGUUAAGACGUUUUGUAUAUUUCUGUUAAAUAGUCUUAAAAAUACUUCCAGUACAGAUCUUACGACGUUAAAUAUCAAUUAUAUUUAACCGUUCACGUUAUACUUGGUUUGGAAAAGUAAAUUCAUUGUUUUACAGAACAAAAAGCGAUAUAUUGCAUUUGCUUCAAAUAAAGACUGUCUGAUAAUAAGUGUAGCGUUGCAGAAAGAAACAUAACACGGAACAAUUUCGGGCUGGAAAAUACUCGAUUGAUUGUGCUGUAAGUAAAAUAUUAUUUCGGCUUAUUAUUACUUCCUUCGUAAUUUGAUCGAAUCAUUUUUAAAACUUUUCUAUUAUUGUGGGUGCGAUGCAAUUUCGUUCAUUCUAAGUUUAUUGUUUGGUGAUUAUGCUGAAUUUUGGAGGGGUAUACUUCUAGAUUCUUUAUUUCUUUUUUCACAAAAUAAGUUGAAUACAUUUUAUUAGCUCGUAGUGACAUGUCACAGAAUGCCAUUUCACAUUAUCUAUCGACUUUUCUUCAACACCUUAUUAUCAAAUUCUCACUUUUUAUCACUUAUAUCUUUUCAGGUCAUCUAGUUAUAUAUCGGGCUAGAAAUUUACAUGUAUAGGCGAGAAUUAGAUCUAACUACGCGCGAGACGUGAUAAAAAAGAAAUUGAACUUUGUACGAAGUUAUAUUAUUUUUUCAAUUUUUGAUCUUAAAAAUGAUAAUGAAGUAAAAAGAAUUUUUUUAAUAUACAACGAAAGAAAAUUGCUAUUUCGAAUUUUUUUAAUGUUAGACUCGGUCCACGAAUGCUCGAAAGUCGUUGCAGCGUUAGUUCAACCCGGAAUCUGGUAAACCCUGCACUCAAUUUUGAAUUUCAAAAUAAGAAAGUAUUAAAAAAUGUAUUUCAACUAAAAUUUUGGAUUUCUGAUUUUCAAUUAAAUUUGAAAUCAGUGGUCGUAAGGGUACACACGUUACAUAUAUUAUGAAUUACAAGAUUUUCAAUGAUAGGAAAAUGAAGAAUACAAAUAUAGCGAAUAACAGACUAUCGUGAUUAUACUUAAAAUUAUAUGAUAACUAUAAGCUUUUAAUGACAACAAAUAACGGAGUGUCUUAAAGCUUCUACGAUGAAGAGCUUCUAAAAGAAGAUACGAGCUAUGGCAACAAGAGAGGUCUAUUAUUCCACUGUUUAAUCAGUUUUAUUACUGGACAAACGCUGGCGUGUCAUUUGUUGUUUGAGUAUUGUGAAAGAUAUUUUUGAAAACACAAGUUAGAAGAGAGAGUUUGUAUAUUUUUGAAUUUUUUGCAAGUUUCUGCAAUAAAAUGGCUUUAUCAAAAGUUGAGCUUGCAAGAUUUGUUUGGACACUUAUCAUCAGCCUAAACAUCUAAACUGCGGACACACUUAUUGCCAAGAUUGUCUAGAUCGUAUUUUAGUGUUUAUGGAAGAUGGGAGUGCUGAACUGCCUUGUCCAGUAAGAUGUACUAAAACGACAACAAUUACUCACGAACAAACAGCAUCCUCCUUAAUGACUGUGUUUACAUUAACUGGUAUUUUGGACAAAGUGUCACCUAGAGAAAAUGUAAAAUCUUUAUGUCAGCAAAGUAAAGAGUGUAACCAGAUAAUCAGCUAUUCCUGUACAACAUGCAGUUUAAAGAUCUGUGAAAAAUGUCAAAAUCUUCAUUCUUGUUCCAACAAAUCAUAUAUCAAUGUCAUUUUCAAUCAAAAAUUGAAAGAACUUCAACCAUUGUGUAAGCAACACGACUCGCUUGCAAGAUUUGUCUGUAUUGAUUGUGAAAAUUUGUUAACAUGUGCAUAUUGCACACACAGACAACAUAAGAAUCACAGAAUAAAAACGAUUGAUGAUUUUGGCCUUGAAGCCAAAAAGUGGUUUCGAUCGUUUAUCACUUCAUUCGAUGAAACAAAAGUGGUGUUGGAAAAGUUAACAAGAAAAUACAGUGACGCUCUAACAAAUUUAGAGAAAGAAAGAGAACUAUUUGUUCAAAAAUUAAAAGAAAGAAAGUUAAAACGACUAGAAGAAUAUCUCAAAAUAUUAAAUAAAGAAGAAGAAGAUCUAUUGCGGAUAUUCGAUGAGAAAUCUAAAGAAUUUAAAGCAAAAUUGACUUGUGAUGGUUUUGUCGACAAUAAGAAAGUACAAGAAUUUGCAAAUUACAUUCAAACUCUUAAUUUAAAAUCUCAUUUUGAGUUAGUUACUGAAAAGUUGGAAAUUGAACGACAACUUCGCAGGCUAUCCUUGUUUCCAAGAACUAUCCCAACAUUCAAUUCACACCUUCAUCAAAUGAACAAAGCGGAUAUUUCGUCAAAUCCGUUGGGCGAAAUGAAAAUUUCAAUUGAUGAAAUCACCACUGCUGGUGUAGAUCCCAAUGAAUGUUCUGUUUAUAGAAACUUGAUUGAUGAAGAUGAAACCCAACCCAACUAUUCCCAAUUAACAACUGAUCUAAUGAACUUGGUUAAAACUCUGAAAAAGUACGAGAAACCAAUUGUAAAUCCUUCUUCUGGAAAACAACAACAGAAUGAUGUAAAGCCAAAAAGUUUCCAGCAUGUUAAGAAGAGUUACUCUUUUGAAGAACUUGAAAAAAUCAUUGAAAAUGGCGAUGUCAAGACAUUUCACACAAUUCUUAUUGAUCAUCCAAGUAUCGUUAAAAUGAGAGGUUUUUAUGAAAGAACACUGUUGAUGGAAGCAGCAUGGUACAAUAAACCAUCAAUAGUGAAAUGUUUGAUUGAUGCUGGUAGCGAUGUGAAUGCUGUCAAUGCAAAUAAAUGGAAUGCAUAUCACUACAGUGCAUGUUGUGGUCAUCAUGAUGUUUUGAAAGUUUUAAUUAAUCAUGACGUCACAAAUAUUAACAAUUUAAACAGUUACAAUUACACACCAUUACAUCUUGCAUCUUAUUUCGGUCAUAUUGAUUGUGUGAAGUUGUUGUUGUCUAUACCACACAUUGAUGUCAAUGUACGAGACAGUUACAAUGACACACCAUUACAUCUUGCAUCUGAAAAUGAUCAUAUUGAAUGUGUGAAGUUGUUGUUGUCUAUACCACAUAUCGAUAUCAAUAUACGAGACAAUUAGAAAAAAACUGCUUAUGAUGUUACUUGUAACAACACUAUCGAACGUUUAUUACAAGAACAUUAAAGAAAUUAAGAACAUUUUCAGACAAUUAUAUUUUUUAAUUUACCUAAGCAAAUUAUUAAAAGCAUAUAUCGUCUUUUUUAAAAGAACUAUAGGUUAUAGUAGAAUAGGUUUCUUAUUUAUUUCAUAAAUAUACGUUCACAAAUUUCAAAACAUGACUUCUUAAGAAGAAGAAGAUAUAAUUCAUUAAAUUUAGUUGACUAACAGAAGUAAGUAGAGAUGCUACCUCAGUAGUUUAUCAAGAACGUAAGAAGCACUAAACAAGUUUUCUUGACAUGUGUAUAUCGCAAAUACACGAAAUUCGUAUAGAA